UUGGCUCUUGUCCUAAUUAUCUUCACAUUCUCCGGUCUCCAUCCAGCAUUCCUAACUAAGCUCCCACUAGUCACAACUUGGAAAUCCAGCCACAUCUUGUGCUGAUUAUUAGGCAUCUGAGCUCCAUAUUUAGCAAAAUUUGCUUCAAGUGUUGCGAUGGAUAAGGUGAUGAAGUUGGCCUCCCAGAGAGCUGUAGUGAUCUUUAGCAUGAGCUCUUGCUGCAUGUGCCACACCAUCAAGAGGCUCUUUUUGGAGCUUGGUGUCAACCCUGCUGUCUAUGAGCUUGAUGAGGACCCCAGAGGGAGAGAAAUGGAGAGAGCGCUUGUGCAUCUUCUAGGCCGCAGCCCGUCGGUGCCGGCGGUGUUCAUCGGUGGCAAACUCGUUGGGUCCACUGAUAGGAUCAUGUCUCUUCACCUUGGUGGUAGACUAGUCCCAUUGCUCCGCGAUGCAGGUGCUAUAUGGCUGCACAAGUGUUUAAAAUAAUAAGCUACGUGAAAAACGUAGUAAUGUAUUGGGAUGAGUUUCAAGUAAUACAUCGGUUCUUUUUGCUUUUUUUUUUUGCGAGGGAGGUAUCAAAAUAAAUUGUU